AUGUCGGAAAUGAAUGGAUAUGCAUCGGCUGCACUAAAGAAAAGAAACAGAAAACGUCUGGAAACAGGAAACGCAUUUGCAAGCUUCCAAGUAUAUCAAAAAGAUAAAAUCAAAUUAAAAUUUGAGAAAGGAAAAAGGUUUGAAAGCGACAAAGAGAUGCAUGCUACAUGUGCUGUUAACAUGCACAGUCGAAGCAAAGCAGCAGACAUACACCAAGCUGUUAGUAAAACAAAAGUUUUCUAGUUGAUUUAUUUGUGUUCGUAAAUUCCCUGCUGUCUUUUGCUAGAGUAAGAGGAAACUGACAAUAUUCAACGCACUAUCAUCCCCUUUUUUUCUGUGGCCCUUCAUGGUAAAUAUUUCGAAAUGAAAUCGAGGAGACUUAUCUGCCUACGUCCUGUAACAUAAGGAUAAUGUUCAGCUUUAUUCUUUCCUAUUAUCGAGAAGAAACCUAAAAAAAAGGGAAAAGAAUAUAAUGAACCAGAUUCAAUACCCAACUGCAACUUUGUGAUCACACGGUGAUAAAAUGACGUGGAGCGGGCGGAGUAACAGACGGUACGGCGAAGAAUUAUCCCAACCGCACAAGAAAGAAAGGAACGCGGCGUAACUUCGGGUCGGCCUUACCACGUAAUUGAAAAUCUGCAAUAGCGCCAGUUUUUGAGGCCCUAUGUAUCUGUGUGUCUUAUCACCAAUCAAAUGAUGCUCCACGGAACUUUUUACUGCAAGAAUAUCAACAGUCGUUGGCCUAGUCAAAUGAUUUACGGGUCAAAGGCUUACAAAAACCUAAAACGCGAGCAACGCAAUAGCUGAACACCGAUAAAGUCCCCAACGAAUCUUACCUCUGUGCUGCACGUAACGCAUUUUUUAACUCUAGUGCAUCACGGGAUCUACUUCUAAAUGAAAUACGAUCGCAAGAAACACAACUAUACACACUGAAGCAGCAGAAUCUACGUGGAAAAACAUGCUUAAGCAUCUUAGAGCACCACAGCUACUUUCAAAAGGUACGGUCGACUGUAGAUCUGUAAUGCUUUAUAAAUACCAAGUAAUCAUACUGACUUUUGUCAACUCCCUUGCCCGAUGGUAAAAAGGAAUUGCCACUUAGUGUGGUUUGUAUUUCACCUUCGUGAUGUUACCCGAAAAGAACAUUUAACUGAGUAUCAUUUCAUGGAUUAAGAUUUGAUUUGCAAAACCUCGAUAUUUAAAACGUUCGACUACAUCGCAGGAAACGCAGAAUUUAACAUGUAAGUAAAUAUGAAAACCGAUCAUAAAUCUUUCCAUCUUCGACUUUUCGUUAUCUUUUCUUCAACUGAUCAACAGCUCUAGCCCGUAGUUCGAGGAGGCCUAACCUCUUGUAAGCUCCUAUAGGUCUCCUCGCCACUUCUUUUUUCUACUUUUCUUAUAUUAUUUGUAAUUUCUAUUAUUGUGUAAAAUAAAUAAUAAUAAAUAAAACUGUACAAAUUAGCGCUUAUGUUUCAUGAGAAAAAAGUGGGAAAAAUGUUUUUCGACUACAUUGUAAAAAGUCUAUAUAUAAAGAUAAAAAUAAAAAUUUAUAUAUUGUUGCUACUGUGAAAGUCACCAAUAGCCAUGAUUACAGGGGUAAAACUGGCUACUAGAUUUGCAAUGAUAUCGAAAGCAAGAGAGUGGUAAACGGUUGAAAGUGCUUCGGCUUUACUCUCCAAAACAAUACAUUACCGUCCUCUCUGGAUCCUAAGCCAUUUCUCCUUCUUUCUUUUCGCUUGCCUGGUGCAAAUCGGUGCAUAUACUUUUCGGUUACGUUUUGAAGGCUCUCAAUAAAUACAAACCCAGCUCGCAGUACACACUGCAAACCGAGAUACUUGUAGAUCGACAGGCUCACAACCUGACAAAGAGAAGUGUGUAGCUACAUACAGAAUUAAAAAGAAAGGUACGCUUGCUUGCCAGUGUCCUGACAUUAUGCAAUCAAUCUAACUAUAGAUAUGUUGCUUCAGUCACUCAAGGUUUUGCGAGUGAGAGGCAUGCCUGUUUGUCAGGGGCAUAUCUUAACUAUUAAUGAAACUUUCAGUAUAAGAUGUGAUUUUAAUAUGUAUUCUCUCUGCCGGCCAAACUCUUGCAUAUUAAGCAGUGCCUCAAUUUGUAAAGCUUUGCUAAUCAAGACACACUGAAAUGGGAACACUGUUAGUCCAUUCCCUGCAAUUCAUGUCAGGUUAUGGUAUUUCAUUAUUGCUAAGUAAUAUAAGUAUCAAGAAAUUGAUCGCUUAUGCUCCUUUCUGCACGAAAAACUAAAUUCCAUACUAUGGAAAAGACAAAAAAAUGAAAAUAAUGACUCCAACUGCCAUGAAAAUUUGUGACGGUUUAGCUUAAAUCUGACAAAGGAGAAGCUCUGUAAAGGCUCUUCUUCGACUGUACAAUUGCUAAAGAAAUGAAAUGGUUUGAAUGGUUUGACCUAAUAGGAAUCACCUUAACAUUUUUUGGAAGAUCAAAGACCCCUAACGCUUCCUUCCUUUAAACACUUGACUUGGAACAAUGAAGAUGAAAACCAAAAUCAAAGAAUUGAAUAUUCUGCGUUGUGCUUCGCAUGUAUAAUCUGACCAAUGAUCAAGCACUUUUCCGAACUGAUUUUAUUUACUAGAUCCUGCGGCUACUAUGAUGAUGCGCCUAAAGCAAUCUUCUGCCUAUUAUGCACGUAUUGUUGUGUGUCCACUAUCUCAUUCAGAGGAGUCGUGAAAGUUGCUAUGAAGGUCUCCAGUGUUUGCAAUAACACUGAAGAAGAGACGUGCAAAGCUCUCUAGCUACUUGUAAGUCUUCAAUGUAAUCAAUGACUCUUAUUCCCACUCUCAACUCCCUUGGAGAAGUCGUACAUCCAAAUAUGCGUUACAAAUCAAGCAAGGCUUACAUGGAUAUUGCUCCAACUGAGCUACAUUUGUUAUUUAGGUGUUAAUAAUCUCAAGACAUCUUGAAACAUGUUGAAGGUUAAAUAUUAUUUUUGUUCUUAAUAGUCGUUUAGCAGUGAAGAGGUCUCGUUUUGACUAGUCCUACUACAAAUAGGAUGUAAUUUUUUACGCUAAAUCUAAGGAAAGAGAUGAUAUCUAGGGCAAAUAUGCCUGAUUUCCAGAUGUGAAAAGUGUAGAAACGGUACUAAAUCCAUUGCCGUUCUUAGCUAGACUGUUCAGUUCAGUUCUGGUUGUGCUAAUUAAUCGCCACCAAUGCAAUUAUUAUUUUCAUUCUAUUGCUUCUGUCUGUUAAAGUUUAGAAUAAAUUAUAUUCUCCUUUGGUGUUUUGCUCAUUUAAGGACUGCCUAAACAAACAAUGAUACUUGGAAUAGAUAACUCUGAUUUUUAGACUCGUGCAAGUGAAGAAACAGAAGCGUGGAAAGUGUUCUUAUUCAACACAGGUCUUUACAAUGAUAAAAUGCUGUUUGAAAGCUCCGUAUUUCCGCAUUUAUUAGUUUUCUUUUAAUAUAGAUUUGAUUACUCUCGUAGUAUGAUAUUCUGUAGGUAUGAGAUCGACUGCUCUUGCUUUUAGUGCAAAUUCGUUAAGAGAGCCAAAUGGCUGCUGAUUUCCUAAUGCAUAAAUUAAUCGAUAAAACAUUUAAAGUGCUCUAGGCCGGCCCUCUAAGAUCCUAAUUUAAAUUAGCAUUCAACGGAAAGGACUACUGUCCUUUCUUAGAGAUCCUUUCUGACGUUAUUGUGGAUGUCAAGCGACACCAACAAAGAAGAUGACCUGACGUCUUACCUGAUGACGCAUGAAGUCGCGGAUGAGUUAACCAUGAAACCCUUUUUCCCAACAAUGUGAAGUGCUCAUACCCGGACAGAAAGCACCUAAAGGUGUAUUUAAGUUUUACUGAAAUCGACCAAAGUUAUGCAGAUUGAGACAUGAACAUUGAGAGAUGAACUCUAAAUUUCCAGCCUUCAACGAAGAUAUAUGUAGAGCAAUGGAAGUCAAGUCAAGCAUUUUACUAUUUAACAUUCAAAGUGCUCUAGGCCGGCCCUCUAAGUUCCUUCUUUAAACUAGCAUCCAACGGAAAAAGAGCUCGUUAAACCUACUUUUUGCGUUCUUGUGAUGCAAUAAUGAAGAUGCCUUUGCGCCUUGCCUCAGUGACGCAAGUCUCGGAUAAAUCAGUUAUGAAAUGGUUUCUUGCAAUAAUGUUAAGUCUUCAUUCCCGGAUACAAAGCACCUAAAGGUGUAUUUAAGUUUUAAAUCGACUAAGAUAUACAGACCGAGACACCUCCACCACCUUUGAAAUAAUGUUAUGAUUGGUAGGAAAGAUGAACUCUGAAUCUUCAGUCUUUAAAGAAGAUAUACGAAGAGCAAUGGAAUUUAAAUUUAGUAUCUAACUAUUUUUUCGCAGUAAGUUAACAGAGCUCUUGCCAUAAGCUUUCGCAUUACCGCCCGUAAUAUUAUAUAGCAUCAAAAUGACGAUAGAUUUAAUUCUUCCACUAAGCAUUAAAGAGGUGUUCUCCUGGAUCAUCGACUGCGCGCCGCUUUAAGAGCUGUGCUAAUAGAUACGAACGCAAGUCCUGUUGAACUCUGGUAAGAACACUAGACAUAUAACGAAAAAGAAAGACUCAAACGGGAAAGACUGGCGAGAUCAAAUACACCAGACAAAAGCUUUAGAUUUAAUAAAAUACAACGAAAGUUCUGGCUUAAAAGGUGUGCUUCAACCGACAACCGUGUGAAACGUAUUACAUCCUGAAAAAAUAAUAUUAUUUCUCGAACUCAAUUUCACCUUACCAUUUUCCGUGGGCGUAAGAACACAAAAUUUAUCAAUGUUUACUCAUAUAAAACAAUAAUAGUCUUCCACAUUGUAUAAUAGAAAAUUACAACAUCAAAAUUCCUUUGUGUUGCGCUGCACGGAAACGUAUCAACUGUAAUUACGAAACAGAAACAUGGAAGCUUUCCUCAUCUCAAACAGGUUUUAAAAUUGUUCAUGUUUUCGUUGUUUGGCCAAUUCAAGGGCAUUAGUUGUUAUCAGCAAUUCAGACUCUUCAAGGUCUGCUGAGAAUAUUCUUUUCAUCGAGCGCUCGAUAAUGGCGGCUUCCAUCACAAUAGAUUGCUGUUCUUUCUCAAUUCUUGGAUUUAACUUACAUACGGUAUGACGUCGAACAAGCCACUUUUCUUUCUUACUUCCUUUUUAGUGGCUUUCCUGACUCAAAAGUAUGAUAAUCAACCAUGAAAAUCAUUUAGUUCAUUAAUAAUUCUCCUCAGCACAAGUCUGGCCUUGCUUGAUAUUAGUUUGAGGCAUUGGCCAGUUUCCUAAUUGCUUGAUUUCUUGUCAUAACAUUCCCCGCUAUCGGUUGUUAGAAUAAAAAACAAGCAAUAGGCAAAUAUAUUUAAAUGAAACCGCCUCGAGCCGCCAUCCUGUUCACGGCGUAAAGAUAAUGUCCAGUUUUCUGUUUUCCGAUCAUCGGAAGGGAGCCUCUAAACGAAGAUAAAAGAAUAACAAAUUCCAGAUUCAGUACCUAACUGUGGCUUCGCGAUGACACCGCCAAUACGACAACAUGGACGGAAAGUAAAAGACAGCAUGGCCAACAAUUACCGCUACCGCAUAAGAAAGAAAGAAAUGUGAGAUAGGACAUACCGAAAACUUUAUUACAGCGCUAAUUUUUUAAGGCCCACUAUAUAUAUGUGUUUUGUGGCCAAACAUACUCCACAGAACGUUCCCACCGAGGAAACAUCAGCACUAGUUUGCCAAAUCGACUGAUUUGCGACCAAAACGCCAAACUCAAUGUCACGAGCAGCGUAGUUUGCUGAACAUGAAUUCAAGCCCCUGCAAUAAAGGUUACAAGCGUGUUACACGUAAUGUACAUUUUAGCAGGACUGCAUCACGGGAUUAAUCCUGAAUGUAACGCCAUAUCAAGAAACAAAAUGAUACCGAAUACAGGUGGAAAAACAUCUUAGAGGAGCACAGCUACUUUCAAACCCUUCGCUUGUAAAUCUGUACUACUUACAGUAAGUAAUUAUGACUGGCCUUCUUCAACUCCUUUGCUCGAUGGAAGAAAGAACUGUCACUUGGUGUGGAUUUGUAUUUCAUCUUCUUGGUGCCAACCUAGCAGAAAGUUUUGAAUGAAAAUAAUUGGAUGGAAAACGCUUUAAUACACUAAAUAUAAAAAUAAAACAAUCGACAGCAACAGGUCGCGAGUUGGAUGCUAGAGACCUUCGUUAACAUACAAACGUGUGCUGAUUUUCGUGAGGAAAAGGUGUGAGGUGCUUUUGUUCCAUAUUCAAAUGCAUAACCUUCUGUAAACUGUGCACGUUUUGUUUUGCAAUCUUGAACUUGUCCAGGGGAGUGUAAUUGGCUUCAAGAUUUGCAAAAAAUACAGAAACCAACAAGAAACUUGCAAAGCUCUCCCCGUUCAUCAACUUCUUAGUCUUCAAAGAAAACGAUUACUCUUAUUACUACUUUCUAUACCCUUGAAGAAAAGUGUUUUAAAAAUUGUUAUCGAAGAAAUCAACCAAAUCUUAGAAGGGAAUCUUUUUUAACAAAAUGGCAGUUACAAAUUAGGUACUCAUCGUAAUACGACAUCCCGAAGCGUGUUUCAAAUACUUCUUUCACUCAUGAUAGUUCUUCACCAAUAAAAGGGCCUAUCUUAGACUUGUCAAACUAACAAGUUUAACGUUAUUUCUUAUGUUAAAUUAACCGAAAGAUAUGAUAUGUUGUGCCAAGAUGUAUGAGUUUGAGAUGUGAAAUGUAGAAACAGUUCUCAGACCAUUUAUUUUCUUUGGAUAGACUACUCGAUUUCUGCCUGUAUUGGUCAGUCGACGCCGAUGCUAUUGUUUAGGACAAUUAAAUAUUAAAAUAAAUUCUGUUCUUUUUUCGCCUUUGCGCCCUGCAUAACUGCCCAAGUAAACAAUACGUGAUACUUGCAGUUAAAUAACCUUCAUUUUAAGACAAGCAAAUACGAAACUUGCAAAGUGGAUGUCCUCAUCUAAUACACGUUCUUUACUUGCCAGUAUUUUCGCAUUUCAUUAAUUUCUCUUAAACACAAAUCAAAUCCCUCAAGUGAGGUAACUCUCUGUGGGUAUAAAACUUUCCAUGCAUUUACUAGUACAAGGUCGCUCAGGAAAUCAAAUGGCCACUGCUUUUCAAAUGUAUACAUCAAGCGAUGAAAAGUGAUCUCCUAUCGAACAGAAACGUCUCAUAGACGACAAUAAUGACGGCUUGCAAACGUACGAAUAAACUGAUAAAAAUUUCGAAGUGCUUCCCUGUUUAAGUGAAAGUUAUCUGGUACUAUCUUUUGAAUAAGCCAUGAUCCUUGGCGGGAAUCAGUGGCUGCUUCCCAAUUUUACAAAUGAAUCUACACAAAAGUGAAUAGACAAUGUUAUGACCAGUUGGCUGAAUAAAUUUGUCCAACACACACCAUUAUCCUUGAACUAAAAUGCCUGAUGUCAACAGAGAUGCAUUAAAAACUGAUCUUCUCUCUAUCAAAAGGCUCACUAAAAUCAUUGUUGUUCUUUCAGAAACUACCUUAUAUCUAAUACAAAGGCGGUUUUGGUUAAAAGAUGAAAUUCAAGCGUGUGGAAAGUAUAACUUGCCCAAGGGAUAACAUCAUUCUUUAGAUUGAAAUUUUUACCGUAUCAUUUUCCGUGGAGAUUAGGAUAGAAAUACACAUGGUUCCUAAUGUCAAACAGUUAGCCUUGAACAGUGCAAAAUGGAAAUAUCUCUCACAACAAAAUUCUCUUGUGUUGCGCAGAUGAGAAGUACGAAUUAAGAAACCGAAACACAGAAGCUUUUUCAACUCAGUCAGGUCUUUAACUUUGCUUGGCUAUUCCGCCAAAGCAAAUCAGAUUGUUUCAGUAAAAGCGAUCUGCUGUCGAACAGAAUUAGUUUUUGCAUAACUUCAUCGAUGCCCAUAAUGGCCACUAACAAAAGUACGAAUAAAGUUCCUAACCUGUUCGAGUCCCCAACAUAAUUAAAAUUACGUCCAACACAAUGUAUAUGUGUCGUGCAGGAAAGUUUUCUUUUUCUCAUUUGGCUUUUCUGAUGUAAAUCUGACAUAAUCAACCAAGAGUUUUAUUUAUGUAUUUUCAUUCAUUUAUCCAUUUAUUUAUUUAUUCAUGUAUUUCCUUUAACAUAAUUUAGUGCUCGUGAGGUGUUUUGUUGUAUUACAUCAGUUGCCAAAAAAAUAUACACGUUGAAGCUCUGUCACUGCUUAUCCAUAAACAACAUGUCUGCUUAAACCUAAUACAGAAUAAUUUACUAGAAAGAUUUAAGGCAUGGAUUGCAUAUAGGGAGACUUGCCACUAAAGUAACAUUUAAGGUCUAUUCAAGCUAAAUUUAUAAUUUCAAGAGUUUUUUUCCGCUUCCAGAUUCGUAAUGUUAUCGCUGUUUCAACAAUUCAUAUCAGUUUUGCUUUCCUCUAAUAUUAAGGCAUUAUCAAAAUGACGAUAGGUGCCCCAUUGUCUCCAGUAACACGCUCUGAAAGCUGAAAAUAAGCAUAUCUUCAGGCAUUGAACGCAUGGAAGGGAAAUCAGCACAUAUCGCAAACUGAAAUGAUUGAAGACAACAGACUCGCAAGAUGACAGAUGCUAGGUUAAGACUGUAAACAAGGCCAGAGUUGCAGGUUGAUAUGUUGUGCAUGAUCAGUCAGUCUAACCAUAGAUAUCCUGUCAAAUUCACUCAAGGUUGUUCCAGUAACAAGCGUGUUGAUCUGUAGCAUGAUUUUACUUCCCUGUACCUGAAAAAUGCCAUUAUCUUGAACGAAGAUCAAUGACUGCUUUUAAAUUUUAUAAUUAACCAAUACAGACAUGGAUAAACAAUGCCUGCUCUCUGCCCACUAAAUUCGUGCAAGAUAAUUACUAGGCUUGUAUAUAGCACUGCCCUCAAUUCGGGAUUACAAAUCAAGUUUCACACAAAGCUAGGGGAACAAUGUCAGUCCAUCAACCGUAAUUCAUGCCACUUAUGGUAUUAAUUCAUUUUCCCUAAAGCAUACAAAAAUGUGUUGUGCAAAGGAAAGACGCUGGAAAAUUGCUCUCACCUUAUUUAUCAGUCAAAUAUACUUUCACAAAUUUUAUCGCAAAGUAAGUACUAUAUGCCGUUUAUGCUAUAAAGGUCGAAGAUCCAUUUUUCAGCAUAGACAGCAAAACAUUACUUCCCACUUGUGGACAAGGGAACUUUCACAUUGAGGAGGCAGUAGAGGUAAAAGCCUGUCGUAGUGAAAUAAAUCUGGACCAAGCCAUCAAAAGCAAGAUUAGAAGUCUUAUAACAAACACAUUUGCACCUUUUCAAGAAGGGUAAAAUACGGACAAUCCAAGAAAGCUAAUUAGGACGAAUGGCUAUCAAGCUAUAUACAUAAAACGUUGUGCCCGCAAACGACCGUGAGGCCACCACCAACUGCCACCUUACUUUCAGAAAAGUUAUUCACGUGCACUAAAGAAAACUCAAAAGAAAACCGUCUGCAAAUGGUAAACUCAUUUAUUUAAAAGUUUUGAAAUAUUUUUGACAGAUAUGAAAAUGUUUAACGAAAGGAAAAAGGUUUGGAACCAACUAAAAUAUGCUGCAGCCAAAACAAAUGAAGCAAAUAUACACCUCGAUACGCUAAGGUGUUGCUAAACACAAGUUUCAAGAAGCUUUAUUUGUGGUCGUUUAAUCCUCACUGCCGUUUGUUAGAAUAAGUGACAGGCAAUAUUCAACGCACGAUUGCUGUUUCUUUCUGUGACCUUUCCAGGCGGAAAUUCUCAGUGCGCAUGAAACCGCAGAGAAUUAUCUACAGAAAUACAUACGGUUCCUAAUGUCACACAGUUAGCCUUGAACAGUUCUGUUUUCCCAAUAUCGGAAACUAAACCUUAAAAGAAUCAUAAAAAAAUGAUUGAGACAAGAUUCGACACCAAACAGCGACGUAACGAUCACAAGGUGACAAAACAACGUGGACGCGAAGUAAAACACAACAUAACCACAAAUUAUUGCUACUGCGAAAGACAGAAAAGGAUGUGGAUACCUUCGGACUUAUCUUGCAGAAGCGCCAGUUUUCGAGGCCCGAUGCAUCUGUGUUUUGUCGCCAAACAACACUGCUCCACCAAAAGUUCAAAUUACGUGAUCAUGAGCAUUCGUUUGCCCCAUCGCUAGAUUUAAGGGGCGUGAGUAGAUUUUGCAAAAUUAAAUAAUUCAAGCAGCAUUCAGUUUCCUGAACAAGGAUAAAACUCUAACAAGGUUUGACUACAAGUUGUACGCAAGGCAUAUUGAGCUUAGUUUACUGGGUCACGAGAUCUAUUACUUAAUAUGAUGUUUUCGCGAUGAACAGAGUGACACUAAAGCAGGAAAAUCUACGUGGACUAACAUGUAUAAGAAUCUAAGAGCACCACAGCUUCUUUCAGUACUUUUUGUACUAACAAGAACAACUAUCAAGUGAUUAUUACUGACUUUCUCCGACUCCCUUGCCCGAUGGAAGGAAUUGUCACAUGGUGUUGCUUCGUAUUUCACAAUCGUAGUGCCCCCCUAAUGGAAAGUUUUGACUGAAAAUCAUUGCAUGAAAAAAACGCUUUAAUUUACAGUUAAUAUUUAUCCACAACCUGCAAGCUUAAAACAGAUUUGAGAGGAACGCAGGAAGUGUAGAAUUGAACAGGUCCAGAGUCAGAUAUCAGAGCCCAUCUUCCCGACAAAAAUUCUAUUCAUAUUCGCUGACUUGCAUGAGAAAAAGGUGAAAAGUGCUUAUCGUCUUUCUUUAGAAAAAAUAAUCUUUUGUCAACUGAGCACCUUUUCUUGUGCAUUCAUGAGCUCAUCCAGAGCCAUAAUUGCACGAGUGAAACUGACCACUAGAUUUGUAAUAACAACGAGACCAAGCGAAAGAGACCUGUAGGGCUCUGUCCGUCCUUCAAACUGUAACCAAGUCUUCAAUAUAAGUUAUUAAGUUAUUACUCUUAUAGCCACUUUUUAAACCCUUGGAAAAACGUAGAUCCACAGAAGUGCCGUAGAAAUCAAGCAAGGAUUACAUGGGAAUGAUUCUAAACCACUGUUAUCAUCAUAAUAAGAUAUCCCAAAGCAUGUUCUUUUACUUGUACUUUUACUUUUUGACUUGUCCAACUACAAAUAUAACUUUAAAAUUUCUUUUAUACGCUAAAUGUAGCGAAGGAGAUGUAUUCUCGCGCAAAUUUGUCUGAUUGCUAAAACAUAGAAAAACCUCUAAAUCCCAUAAAGUCACUACAUUAUAUAGACUGCUGAUUUUGCAAUCAUUAAUGCAACCAAUUUCUUUAAUCUAUUGUUUCCAACAGUUGAAGUUGAGAAUGAUUAUGUUAUUCUCUGGCCUUCUGCGCUUUGCACAAUUGCCACAACAAACAGACGGUGAUGAUUGGAGUAAAUACCUUGACUUUCAGACGUGCAAGUAAAGUAACAUAAAAGUGGAGAGUAUCCUUAUCUAACAACAGGUCUUGACAUUUAGAAGGUGUUCUUUAGGUGGCCCGUGUAGCUCUUUCUACAAAAUAGACUACUUUCUUUCCUCAGUCGAUCUUUGGAUUUCUUUCCGCUUUAUGUGCAAAUAUCAAACGACACGGAGGUCACCUGAAGCAAGUCUCGGAUAAAUCAACUGUGGAAUCAAAUGUUUCCAAUAAUAGAAAAUUCUUCAUACCCGAAGAGAAAGUACCUUCGGGUGUAUUAACGUAAUAGCCAACCAAAGAUUUUAUGUCAUUACUUCUGUUCACGUUACUUUCCCGAUGCAGUAACAUUAGAUAGAAACAAAAUGACGGUGGAAGUAUUUCUGCGAAGAGGAAUCAGAACGUCUUUGUCCUGCAUCAUCCCUUCCCACAGCACGCCUUUUAAGUUCAGGGAUAAUUACUUUAAUUGACAUGUACCGGAUACGUUUGUUCAACAAACUGGAAAUGGCAUUGUCUACUCAGGUUUGUGUUGCUUCAUUUCUGAGCUUGGAAGGCAAAUACAGAUUUUCGCCAAUGAUCAUGGCUUACAUGAAAUACCUUACGAAUAUGUAUGCUUGUGUCAGUUAGACUGGUCUCGCGUCUUUCGUCUUUCAGUUUUAGUUUCGUCUAGUGUCUUUCAGCGUGCAAUCCUUUUCGUUUCAGUUUGGGUGUUGUAACGUUUCUAGAGUCCAUUUAUUUGUGUUCCUUAGCGCAGAGCCCUUAGGAUGCGUGAUAUCAAGGAGAUAGCAUUGAAAAUUGAUCGGCACUCCAUCCAAGAUCACUGACAUUAAUAUCAUUCUUAAGCUUUCACAAAUUCCCAUAAUAAAUAAAUGUAAGAUCAACUAAAGGCUUUCUGUUAGCAAACGAAUUGCGAUCCACAGUUCUUGGUAGUAUUCAAAGCGAAAUGAAACGAUCUCUCCCAUUGCCGCCAAAAGAUGUAUAUUGAGAAACAUGGAAGGUUUCCGCAACACAUAUUUGAUCAGCUUUCAAUUCUUUUGCUUCACAGGUUAUAGUGAGUUGUUCUUCCUAAGUGUACAAGUGAUCUGCUGUCAAUUGGGAACGUUUCUUCCAUAUCGAGUGCAACAACGACUUCUAAAUGUACGAAUGAUUUCAUAAAGUGUGCUUCAGUGUAUUAUUGUCUCCAACCUAAUAUAUUUCUGUCCUUUACCGAUCUUUCGAUGAAAGUUAUGUCUUAUACGAUGACGCACAAGCCAGUGUUCGUUCUUUUUGGCGAGGUCUUGGCGAAGAUGGCUCAUAAGAUGUGAUUCAGUGUUAAAUCCGUUGACCCCCAAAAAAGACACGCUGAGGCUCUGUCCUUGCUUAUCCAAAAACAACAAGUCUACCUAAACCUGAUAUGGAAUAAUAUAUUAGAAUGAUCUAGGCCGAAUGAGCCACAUACAAGAGGACCUGUAUUACCAUUUAAGGCGAAUUAUCGUGCUUCUAUUACAAUCGCUUCAGGUGCCCGUGAUAUUUGGGAAUAUCACACUGACGAUUGAAGAAAGCUCAAAGCUUAACCACGCUUCGAAGGUUGAUAAUAAUCACAAAUGCAUCUCGAACGCAUGGAAGACUCAAACAUACCAGAAACGGAGAUACUUUGAAGAAAAAAUGGCUCAGAGGAGAAAAUACUGGCUUAAAGCUACACAAACUUUAAAAAGAGGUAAAUACGCUGGUAUGCAGCAAGGUGAAGCGACUUGCAAGACCAGUCAGUUAACCACCGAUAUGCUGCCUCAAUCAUUGUUCUCCCAAUGAAAAUCAUGUCCCUCUGCAGCACGACUUUACGAUCCACGAUCCUUGGCCAAAAUAAAUGACUGCCUUCAAAUUCUAACAUAAAGCGAAACAAGCUAGCGUAAAGAGACAAUGCCUGCUCUAUUUCUACCAACCUACGAAAUAAAAGCUAAUCAGUAGCCUUGCUCAUUGCAAAGCCUUAAUUUGAGUUUCGUAAAUCAAGUCACACUGAAAUGGAAUCUCUGUUUUCAGUCCAUUCAUUGUAACCCAUGGUCCACUUAUGGUUUCAAAUCGAUAUCCCUGAACUACUACAAAAUUGCCUCAUUCCCUGGAAUUGUUGAAAGAAUUGAGAUCCACUUUUUGGGACCGACAGUAAAAUGAAAGUGAUAUUGCCCGUCAUACGCUGUGCAAAGAUUGAAGCGGUUCAGCUUAAAUCUGAAACAAGGCCGAGAUAAAAGGUCUCCUUUAACUGUACGACUGCUGAAAGUUAUCUUUUGUCGUAAUGAAAUGUUACCCUAUCAUUUUUGAGAGAAGAUUUCAGAUACAUAAAACUUUCUUACUUCAAACGUAUAGCUUUUGAACAAUUAAGGUGGAAAACUAGAAUAUUCGUAAGGAAUUCAAUGUGCAAACUCUCUUGCGUGAACUUUAGAUGAAUGGACAGAGGACCUUAAAAUGUCAAAUAGAUAAAGAGCAAAAUCACUUGAAAUAAACAUUGAUGUCUAGAUUAUGGUUAUUUGCUCAAUGCUAUUAUAAUUUCGCGAUUGUAGGCAAAGGCUCUUUCACAUUAUGCCGUCAGUAGAGGUAACUGUAAGUGCCAACAAUGCCAUUUGCACCAAACAUCUAUGGAGUACCCAACAAAGCUAAUAUAGGACGAAUAGCAAUCCAAACAGACAUAUACCAUGGGAUAUUGAAGGAGAACCGUGACGCCACCGCGAAUGGUUCAGUCGUUGUUGUUGUUUAGCCAGAUCACUUUCAGAAAAUUUAUGUUGCAAAUUAUAGCCAUCUUUUCCACAAAAUAGAAAUAUAAAAGCAUAGCAUAGCUUGUGGCCCCAGCCUAUCGAUUUAGGUCAUCUAAGGAUCAAUAUUAUUGUUCUUUUGUUACCAGUUAUGAACCAGAACUCUAGCCAGUAUAGUUUCGAUCUUUGUUGACCAUUAAUGCUUGUUCUCGUGUUCAAAAAAACAGAGGCAUACCCAAAACUUGAAAAUGGCUUCACUGUCCAACAAAGGACUUGUGUGAUAAAAUAACAGCUAUAAUGUCAGUAUUCACCCACGUUUUGGGUUCCGCAAUAAAGGCGACACGAACGAGAAAAACUGACGACCUCGGUCCACUAUUAUUAUGAUUUCGUGCCUCAGUAAUCCCAUGCCCUGUGUGAAGAUAAAUUUGUCUUUUUCACAUCUUUGGGGCAUUACCAAUUUUUCUCACUUUUCUUUACCAAAGACCUAACCAUAAACCACCUCUUCCUUACAGAAAUUGCCUAAUCAGAGGGAAAUUACUUGAAUUAAAAUCCAGGAGGCUUUCUAGCAGAGAAAAGUGAAUUAUGUUCCAGUUCGUGUUCUGAAUGACGAACGGAAAACAAAGAAUCGACCCAGCUGAUCUCGUAAAUGAGAUAGUGUGUACACACUGUAAUGCAAACUUCAUCGCACAAAUGUUUUACUACUGAUCUAUUACCUGCACACUCCAUAGGUUGAUCUCAAAAUCCUAGGUGUAAUCUUAGUAGCCCUACCUGACUGAUUGUGUCCACGACUUUCUGAUUAAGUUCACUGAAAAUGUAGGCCCAUAUUCCUUGUAUCGCAGAGCAAACAUUGCAAAGUAACAACAGAAACUGAGAGUUCUGCUCACUCAGUAUUAACUGCUUACUUAGCUAAGCUUUCGUUGGUCAGUUAACUAACAUUGUUGUGCGCAUAAUAUUUUCCCAUGAUUAUAUAACCCCCGUGUAACUCUCUUCACCUUACGUAAAUGGCCAUAUAAAAUGUUCGCAGUCAAUUCAUUCGGUAGAGAAACCCACCGCAAAUACAUUCGAAGUAACAUUUCCACGCAGUGCUUUGUAGAACUAACUACGUUGGUAAAUUAAGUGGAAUGCUUGAAAUAAGAUAAUAAGUUGCUUACCCGACUAAAAUAUGGGUACGGUUGAAUGGAAGCAGACAGGCUCCAAACAUGAGGAACAUGAUGUAAUAAUUAUUUUCACUCUAUUCUUUACAGUUGUAGUUUAGAAUCAAAUAGCCCCAUGCAUGUUUGGUCUUUUACGCCUUGCAUAACUGCCUAAACAAACAAUAAGUGAUACCUGGAGUAAAUAACCGAAUCAGAAACGUGAAAAGAGUCCUUAUCCAUCAAAAGUUUAUAGUUUCACCUAAAUACAAAUCAGAUUCCUUUAACAUGAUGAAUUUCUGUAGCUAUGAAUCCCUUUCAUUCAUCGCCAUGUUGUUAAGGGAGUCAAAUGGCCGCUGAUUUCCAAAUGCAUAAAUCAGUCGAUAAACGUUCAAAGUCAUCUCUCUCUAGUUUCGGAAAUUUAGAAAACUGUACUUUCUCAGUCGAUCCUUGGACCUAACUGACGUCUCAUUUUCUAGUCGUACAAAAUGAACUAUCAGUCGUCAAGAACGUGGAAGAUGGCCGAAGAUGUCCCCAGCUGACGAACGUGUUGAAUAAAUCAGUUGUGGACUCGAUGAGCUUACAAUAAUAUGAAAGUAUAAAGUCUACUAAAGAGAUAUAGUAUGAGACAGUUCCACUUAAAACUGAUUUUACCGGUAUAGUGUUUCGUAGGAAAAACUCUGGGAUCACCGGCCAUUGACGAAGAUAUAGAGCAAUCGAACAAAGAGCCUAUUUUUCCAGAAGAACAUCGGUAAUUCUAUGGCUAUGAAAGCUGUUCACAUCAUUUCCUCAAUGCCGAAUAUUAGAUUGCAUUAAAAUGACGAUGGAAGUUAAUUUUCUAUAAGGCAUUCAACAGUCAUAUCCUGCAUCAUCCCAUGCAGCCCUCUUUAAGAGAUUUGUCAAUAUCUCUUAUCAAAAAACUUAAAAUAUCCCUUAACAAAAAUACCCAAAAACGAAUAGAUCGCAAGCUGGAUUACACCAGACGAAGCUAAAACUGAAAAACGCUGAAAGACGAGAGAUGCCAGCUCCGACUAACUGCAAACUAGAAGGUGGCCUCAGUCCGUAUCUGUUGAUUUAAGUUAUCUGUUGGUGUAUUUGACGUAUAAACCAUGAUCUUUCCAGAAAGAAGUUUUUGCCCGCUUUCCUAAAUUUUACGAAUGAAGCAACGCAAAUCUGAAUGGAGCAUGCCAUGUCCAGUUUGUUUAAUAAAUCUAUCCAGUACAAAUCAUUAUCCCCGAAGUAAAAAGGCCUGACGUAAAGAAGAGAAGCAUUAUUUGAAACAAACUCUACUUUAUCCAAGUUUAACUCACUAAGACCAUUGUUGCUCCUUCACAAAUUCCGGUAACAAGGGUCAAAAUAAGUUGAAUUUCAACAUCAAACUUUUAAUUUUGAGAAGAAUUGCUACUUAGUUCUUGGUAUACACAUUACGGAACGAAAAUAAUCACCACCAAGGCUUAUUGCAUGAAUCAGCUUAAAUCUGAUAAAACGAAGCGUCUUCUUAAAAACGUGUACUUCAAUCGUAUCCAAAGUAUUACUUGCUGAAGUAAGAUAAAUCUCACUCCAUCAUUUUCUGUGUUUCUUAAGCUCCAAAAGUUAGCCCUGAAGAGCCACAACGAAUAUUUCCCUGUGUUGCGCUGCACGAAAACGGAUGAGAUGUGCGAAGGAAACAAAACAUGGAAGGACUUAAGCAGGUCUUUAGAUUUUCCACUUUUAUUUUCUGUGGAAAUCAAAACACAAAACGUAUAUGGUUUCUCGUGUAAAACAGUUAGCCUUGUAUAGGUAAAGUGCAUAAUAGACAAAUACCCACAAUAAAUAUUCCUUUGUGUUGCUCUUCUCGAAAACGUAUAAGACGUGCGCAUUAACAACAGAAAUGUAGAAGAUUUCCCCAUCUCAGGUCUUUACGAUUGAUCAGCUUUUCUUUUCUUGGCCAAUUUUUGAGCAUUAAUUAGAUUCUUCGAGUAAAAAUGAUCCUCUGUCGAUUGAACACGUUACUUGGGUUCAAAAUUGACCCCCUCCAAUUGUACGAAUAAAGUGUUAACUUUAGUUUCAUGCUCCAACAGAAACGUAUGUUUGAUAUGAUGUGCUGUAAGCCUAUUUUCUAUCUUUCUUUUGGCUUUCCUGAUGCAAAUCCUGCAAAUUCAACCGAUGAGUUUAUUUGUUUCAUGCACUUCCCUCGGCAAAGGUCCAUGCUUAUUGUUACUGAAGAAAAAUUAAAAGACUGUUCAAGGAAGAGUUUCCGUUGGUAGGUUCGAAUCAAGGGCACCCAGCGACUGUUUACUGUGAAAUAUCUGUUCGGAGAAGCAAAUAUGGCCGAGAAUUUUCUAUUACUUGAGGACGGCUAAAAUUUCUAGAUGACUGUUCCCACUCAUGCACAGUUUUCGAAGCUAAUAUCUACUAGAAUCCCUACGAUUUUCUCACGUUUAAUUUUCACAUUUCACUUCCUAAGUGAGGCUAUUUUCGUAGAGAAAAGGAAACCUAAAGUGUUCGGACUUAAAAAUGCAAUGGAGAGAGAAAUCAGAAAAUGUCUCACUUUCGUAACCGGUCAAAUCGCAUCUAAAAUUUUCCAAAAAAUAAUAAUUAAAGCACUUGUAAUUUCGAAAAGACUCAAGUUUUUCUAGGAUGACCGAACAGAUACAAAUAAAAUUCUACAGCGCUGCUUAUAAUGCAUUUCUAGACAUCUAAAAGUACACCGGACAGUCUAAUAAGUGUUAUCAAUGCGUUUAAGAGGAAACCGCCGUUGGGUACCCCUGAGUGCAUAAUAGAUAAAUACCUCUUCACGAAAACGCAUAAGAUUUGCGCAUCAAAAACAGUUCUAGAAGAUUUCCUCAUCUCAGAUUUUAGAUUGAUCAGCUUUUCUUUGCUUGGCCAAUUUUAGUGCAUUAAUUAGUUGUUUUCUACUACAAACGAGAUUUUUCCGGUAAAAGUGAUCUUCUGUCGAUUGAAUAAGUUUCUUGCAUAAAUUCAUCGGGUGCAAAAUUGGCCGCCUCCAAUUGUACGACUGAAGUGUUAACUUUAGUUUCAUGAUCCAACAGAAUAAACGUAUGUCUGAUAUGAUAUUUCUUUCUUUUGGCAUUCCUGAUGCAAAUCCUUCAAAUUCAGCCGAUUAGUUAAUUUAAUUCAUGCACUUCUCUCGGCAUAGCCCUUGCUUGUUGUUAUUGAAGAAAAUUUGUAGGGCUAUUCAAGUAAGAGUUUCCGCUGGUAGGUUCGUAUUGAUAUCAGCAUUACAGCUAUGUAUGUUGGUUCAACCUCCCAGUAAUAUGAUGGUAGCAUGACAAUGGCGAAAGGCCUAUUACUUUUCAGAGCACGCUUCGAAGGCUGCGUAUAGACACAAUGUAUCUCGCUCACAUGAAAGAAAACUCAAAACCUACCAAGAUACAUAAAGACAAAGUCGCUCAGAAGAUUAUAGCUACGUACAGACCUCAAAACAAAACUCAAGUACGCCUGUAAGUUUCUGGUUAAUUUGCUGCGCAAGGCCAGCUGUCAGUCUAUAGGCAUUGAUAAUGCUGCCUCGAUCACUGAGGUUUAAUUGUGUCAAUGGGAAGCAUGUUCAUCUGUAGCAUGUCUCCACCAUAAAAUAUGGUUGGCAUAAGCAAUGAUCUUUGGUGGAAAUCAAAGACUGCCUUUUAAUUUUAAAAUUAAGCAAUCUGUGUUUGUGUGAGUAGACAAUGCCUCUGGUCUCUUUCCACUAAACUUAUAAAAACUAAUCCUAGGCUUGCAAAUAGUAAUAUUUCAAUUUAACUGAGGUUUGCAAAUUCAGUCACUAACAUUGAAACACUAUUUCGGUCUAUACACUGCAAUUCAUGGGCUCAUGGUAUUAAAUUAUUUCCCCUGAACUAUCAAGAAAAUGUCUCAGUUAUGUUGAAGCAAGGAAGGUCACGUUGGAACAUUACUCUCACUCCACUUUUCCGCGCUCAUCUUUUUUCAUAAAUUCCCCAUAGUAACGUGGAAUUUUUUCACAUCAGUUUUGCAGCCAGUAGAGCUAGCUGUAUUUUACGGUAACAACAACAAAAAUUUUUAUUGUACCCCGAAAGCGGCGCUGUAGUUCUGAGCCAUUCUGUCAAUGGAAAGAUUAGACGUCAUAAGAUAGCCACAUCUAUUUUUGACUUUGUUUACAACGAGUAAAUAUAUAGAUUAAACUAGAAAGCUUAUCAGGAGGAAUGGCUAUCGAACCAAAUAGUUAUAAAGCACGUUGAGCCAUAUACAACUGAACCAACGAACUAUAUUCAGUUGUUGUUGUCGUUUUCUUAACCGGUUUACUUUCAGAAAUUCUCUUUUCCUAAUCGCCGCUAUUUUGCGGACGAAAUGAACACUAACAAAGCACAGCAAAGGGUUUACUUGCAAGGCAUGAUGUAUGCCAUGUACCUAUCCGUAAUGUACAUUUGUUAUCAGUUAAAGUAAUAAACUAGUAAUUUGCUUCGUAAUUAUUACGUUCUUUGUUGACCAUUCAUUCUUGCAGUUCUCGAGAUCUAAAAUGAAGGCUUACAAAAAAAGUGAAAAGAUGACUUCCCUGUCUAUCAAUCACUUCCUAUGACAAAAGACUUAAUCCGUAAAAUAAUGAUUAUAUAAUUGUGUCUGUUACGUUUCACCCACGUUUUGGGUUCUACAAAAACUGAGAACGACACAAUCGACCAAAACUGAUCUCGAUCCACGUAAGGUUAAGAUUUUGUGCAGCCAGAGUGAUCCAUGGCCAUAGAUAAUUAAAUUUGUCUUAUAGAUCUCGUUUUCCUUUUUGUCGGAAAAUGGCCAAUUGCUCUUACUCUAACCAUGAUCAAUCGCUUCUUUUUACAAUUUCCGUGAUUCUGUCAGUGAAGCUUUUCAGCAAGAUGAGAAGAAUUACGUUGCAAAUUGUGAAUCGACACAAAUUGAUCAGGGAGAUUGAGUGGUGUGUGGUAGAAGUUUUUUUGGUUCUGUAGACACUGUAAUGUCAAAUGUCAUGGCACAAAAUGCUCACUGAUUUAGUUACUAGCAUACUUUAUUGAUCUGAAGUGCUGCAAAGCUCGAACUAGAUUGAUCUCAAAAUCCCAGGUUUGAUUUUGAUAGUCCUACGUGACUCAUAGCCUCGACAGUGCAACUUGUCGAUUGAAUUGAUUGAAAACAUGUUACUCCUUGAAGAAUAGAGCAAACCAUUCGAAGGCAACGCACAGAACUGACAGUGUUGCUCACUCAAUGCCACAUGCUUAUCUAGCUAAGCUUAGUUCACGAAUGUUGUGCGGAAGUUUGCACAUAUUUUCGGAUACUUUCUCAAGACUGGAAAACCCCCGUGUAACUGUCAUGACCUUACCUAAAUGUCAAAAUUUAAAAUGUCAGAAACAUUAUUCGCGGUCAUGUUAAUCAAGAAUUAUUCAGACAUUAUUGAGAAUUAUUUACCACUUAAAAAGAAAGUUUCCAACGCUGUACAUGCUUUAUAGAAAUGCGAGAAUGCUUGAAAUAAGACAUAGCAACUUGCUCGCCGAGUUGAAAUAAUGAGUUGAAUUGGGACAGAUAGGCCCAUCCUACAAAAUGAGGAGAAAAUGUUCUUAAUUAGGCGAUACGGCAUGACCAACUGAUCUUCCAUACGCAAAUGGCAAGUUUAACACAUCAGAUUUCUUCAGCAACCAAGUUGUAUAACAUUUUUACACUGUGCGAAAACAAAACGUAACGCUGAACAGUUACCGAGUUGGUUAUCUGCUAGCUAAAAAUAACAACGAGGUUUAUAUAAAUGCUUUAUGGACUUGGCAUCACAAUAUUUCAGUUACAACCUGCUUGUUCCGAAUGACGAAACUGUAAACUGCAAACGGGAGACCAAUGGAAAGUCCCCGAAAUACGCAGACCGAAAUAAAAUGGUAGAAGAAAAAGGGUUUUUAAUCUGUAACGUGAUACGAACAAAGAGUCUGGCAUAAUAUGUCAGAGGGUCACUUAUUUACUAUAGCACAAAUUAAAAUUUUGGGCAUCAUGCAUAAAUAUAAUAUGUCCAUAACUACAAUACUAGAUAUGCAGCCAAUCAAAACUUAUAUAAACCUCGUACAAGAACGAAUACUGGCAAGCAGAUGAUUUCAUUUAAGGCAAUAGAUCUUUGGAAAAGCAUUCCACAACACCUUGAAGAACUGAAUGAGUAAGCUGAAUCAAAAAAACAAACAUCAUCUACUGACCGAACAAUACUUGUCGAAACCUAGCACUACCUAGUUCUGCCUAGGCUCACUUCUUCUCAAACUUGUCGAUAUUACUUUUUGAAAUAAAUGUUUUGUAUUUCGUUUAAUUGUUAUCAAUUGUAUUAAUCUGAUUAAUUGAUCUUUUCUUUUCUUUUGUUUUGUUUUUUUAUUGUUUAUUUAUUUAAUUUUGCUCUUACUGGUUCAUCGCUUGUAUCAUAAUUGGUAUGACGGUCGCUAACUAAAAAACCUAAUGAUUCACUUGGCCAUCAUACUCAAACUUUCAUAUUAAUUCUAUAGCAACAUUUUCCGGUAAACAUAAAUCUGUGAAGUCUGUAACCGAGCAUUAGUCAAAAUAUUGAGGGAAAAUCAACUGAACUGAACAUCCCUAUGCAGAAUAUUUCUACACUCUUGAAUGGUUAUUACACUAAUCGAAAAUGCGGACGAAGAAACAUUAAAAUACAACCGAAAGCACAAUCACUGCCAAUCACUACUCGAUGCUGCCAACUGAUUUCGUGACAAAACACUGUACUAUAAUAUUCAAGAUAGGCGAAGUGGUAUCCUUAUGUUUCCGUUUCAAAAAUUGCAAACAAACAAGUUUAGUUCUCAUGAAGUUAAAGUAAGACCCUUUCUAAACAAUGAUCACUAAGAGGUACGGAAAGUUUGUACCAUUGCCCAUGGUGAACUACUGCAUGCACUGUUUAUCCCCUACGUACAAGAGUGUGUUUUCUUUUGACCUCUGUUGUAUAAUUCUGACAAGCACCAAAAUAUGUCACGAGAAGUGGGGGGCAAGGAUGGGGGGGGGGGGGGGGCUUACUAAUCUGAGUGUGCACUUUCUGAUUAAAACAAUUUUUCCUUGGUUAAUGAUUGAAAUAACCAUAAAGUCCGUGUUCUAAUAACAACUUUAAGUAGCGUUUGAAAAGACUUUCUAAGUUUGGAAAUGUAAAUCCGCAGCGUGAUGUCAUAUAGCCAGAAAUUUAUUUUGAUUGCUAUUCUACUGGAGUCCUUUUUACCACUGAGCGAUCUACCAACGAACUGGUAGUCAAAAUAAAGCUAGUAUAUGACAGAAAAGAGUUACUAAAACACUCGCAGUAGGCUGAUUUCAGCUAAAACCAUUUUGAAACGAAGUUCCGUGUGGUCAAUGCAUAAGUUUUAACAGGUCUUGUAAGGUUUGCUUCCCAAUUCGCUUCAUCAAUUGUAUUCCAGAAACCUUUCGCACCAUAUUUUGAAAUAUCGCAAAAGGAGGGAAAAUAGCAGCCCUUAUUUCGCAACAAAUAAUACAAAAAGAAUUAAAUACAAAGUAGUAUAUCGAGCAGUGCACGUUUUCAGGGUUUUCACACUGUAAUCGAGUUAAAUAUGGCGACCAAGAAGUGAAUUCAGAAAUACAAGAAAUACAUUCAAGCCUUACUACCAUUUGUAUCUGUCUCUAAGUAAUUGGUACAUACCUAGAGCAGGCGCUUGGACUUUAACUUAUUCAGCUGACUACUCCUCAGGUUCCCCAGGACUCAAAACACUGAAACAAAUCAACCGUAGUUAAUUAAACAAAGCGAUCCCUCGGUAUUGAUGUGACACAUGCAAAUGGCUCAAACCAAACGAACAGACCUUUUUGCCAAUGGAGUCAUUUUAAAACUACCAUUAGAAUUUUUUCUCUUUCCCUCCUAUUCAAAUUCAUUUGCCCAGGUGACAAGCCUAAUUUGGGCACAGAAAACGAAAUCCUGAAGCACUCUGGUUACUGAAGCGUAAUCGACUGUAAAAAGACGCCAUGAUGAAAACGGCUUUUACACGUUCUGUUCUAAGAAUUGCCUUUUUACCUGUUGUCUUUAGCUGUGUGAACAACUGGGGAAAACCAGUAUGCACUUCGUUAACACUGUGCAAUUUAAAAAAGCCGUGGAAAUCAUCUUAUCCUUUAAAAUGUGCUUUCGCAAACUGACAUAGUCAUUCAGCGGCGGUGGUGUGGAUUUGGAUUCGGGUGUGGGUGGUUGGUGGGGGAUUGUUUCGCACAAUGUCUGCUUUGACAGCAGCAAUCGUGGUAAAAAGAAUCCAACAAUAGAUUAAUAUGACUUAUAUUAUUCGACAAAUUUGCUUACCAGUUAAAAACCAGAUUUCAGCUGCAUGUUCAACUAUGAAAAUAUUAUUCCAGUAAGACUCCGUAGCCCUCCUCGUUUACGAUUAUGAUUUAUUAAGUUGCAUGUAAAUGAAAGGUCACGAGUUCAUAAACUUAGAACGACGGCAGUCGAAAACUGAUCUGGAACUGGUUAGGAGGGAAGGGGGGGUUGCUCAAAAGGUUGAAAGGGACUAGAAGGUACCAUAUUCGGUAUUUUUAUUGCUGAUUUAGUCUGUUUGAUCAAUUAAGAUGGCCUUAAAUUUAUCUUUUCAUCCAUGCUCCAUUACAGCUGUUCUGCUUGUCUAGUCUACGGCUUAAGGUGUUAUUUUAUUGGUGUUUAUGUCGGUUCUCUGACCAAUCAGAAAAGUACACCUAAUCCUAUCGGUUCUGUACUGCAAUCCGUGAAUAGUUGAACAUUUUUUUCGCUGGUUUAUUUUAAUGACGAUUUUUAAUUUCUUUUUUCUUGUUUGUUAAUGUAAUUCUAUAUUCUUAAUAUAAAGAAUAUUACUCUGAGAUGCAUAGACCGUAUGAAUACCAUCCUGUUUACAAAUAGUUUUACUUUUAACUUGACAUUACUUUUCAUUACACCCGAUAAGUUAAACCCCCAACAAAAACGUAAAAAUAUUGCAUUUACGUACCCUUUGGAAAAAUAAUACUAUGUAGAUAUCUGCUGUAUUCAAAGGCAUUAUGGCGUUUUACCUGAGGAAUGAUUUAUUACAAAAGCCACUAAUUUUUCGCUGAUGCUAACUUCAAAAGAUAAUUUACAGGGUGGGCGUGUGAUAAGGCAAUAUUGGGAAAGUCUGUAAUACAGGCAACUAAAGUCAAUUAAAAAGUACGUUCCUACGCGGGUGCUUUGACGUUCGUUCUCAUGCAAUGUGUCAGUAUUAAUGUUUGUUCUUUGUUUGUUUUUCUUAUUUAGAUGAAUCACCCCAGUCCUUCUCCAGGUUUCGAGCAUAACGAGAUGAGUGUUUCCUCUGAGCUAAGACCAUUAUACAGACUCACUUCAGUUAAAGAAGAGUGUACAGAAGAGGAACUGAAUAGCUUAAGUAAUCUGGCAAAACAAGUAGUAUUCAGCUUUCAAUCUAAAACUAACAGUGCCCAUAUUGGCCAAGAAUGCCCCAUCAAUUGUCCGUGUAAAUGCCACCUGCCAACUCCAAUCCCUGCUGUGAAUGAGUAUCGGCCUUCUGUGAUAAUGGUUCCAGUGGCCAGAGAGCAAAGGGGAUCAUAUGUGACACAUUUCCCGCUUAGGAUACAGGUAAACUAUAAAAUAAGUGAGGGUCGCAUUACACCAACUUCUAGGUAUGGUAAGGACUUUUGUAUACCCAGUGCCAUAUCAUCGGGUUAUACCAUGCUGAUGCCGUUCCUUAUGAGGACGAAACAGCUGUCUAUGGCUGCUACUGCCUGGUUAAUAUGGUUGUGCGCAUGCUUAAGGUACUGGCCAUACGGCGGAGUUGGUACGUGUGUUUCAGUGCUGAAAUUGGUAUUAUUCAACAUCAUCGGGGUUACCUAUAGCCAUGGGAAGGACAUUAUUAACUGUCAUAAGCGUCGGUUGCCCUAGCCUCCCACGCAUACUUCUUAGGGCCUCGUCAUGCAUUCCUGUCCCAUGUUCAUGGGGCAGCAAUACGUAACGAAGCCCAAAUAGCCUGUUCCAGGCAUUCAGAUAGUGAGGACGGCGCAAAGAGCUGUGAGCAGAAAAAAACUUUUUCCCGCUCUCUCUCUUCGCGACGCACUCCACUAUCUAAACGCCUGAAACAGGCUAAAGCACAGAGGACGUUUGUGUGGGAGGCUAUCGGAUGCUCGUGUGUAUCCUUAAAGUUUGCCUAUACUUGAAACACUCCAGAAAAAAGCGAAGCUAAGAGAAAGAACAUUUUAAGCUUCUCAAGGGCCCCAAAUUGUUCCACCGGGGUGGACUAAGGGAGCUCACUGAACUCCUUAGGAAGGAGAAAGAGGCGAGGUUAGUAAGGGCUUGGAGCUUUGUAAACUACGAAUUGUAAACUACAACAUUUUGUACCAAACAUGUAAAUAAAAAAUUGGUAAAUGAAAAUUGCUCCAAAAUACUGGGAAAUAGGAAAAAAGAGCAGGCUCGUUCAAUUUAUUCAGUGUCUUGCUUGAUUGAUUGAUAAGAGUUUGCGCAUUGCAUCGUGCUCCAUGUCUGGUCACUCGAAGUAAGGACUCCCACAGAUCGUAUUUGAGCUUUAAAAAACCUAUAUGGAUCUCCAAACGGCCUAUAGGUUUCAAUGGGUGGACUGGAUAGUCUGCUUUUAAUAAACAGUGGUGAUAUAUUAAUCGAAAGCAUAUUAGUUUUGUGGAGUUUUUUUGUUUUUUACAGUUUUGUAGAUAAACACCUCUAUCUUAGACGCCUUCCAUAUGAUUAAACACCCCAGCUUGGGCUCCCGGGCGUCCAUUAGAUCACUUAAAGUAACCGUGUGCAUACAAAGUCAUACCGUCUACUACAGCCGACUCCCAAUAACUCGAACCUUUUAGGGAAAUCGAAAAAAGGUCGAGUUAUCGGGAGUUGGAAGCAAAAUAAUAAGCAAAAGGAUGUGGAGGGAAUGCAAUUAAGCAACAAAGUAUACAAGGAUGGACACUAAAUUUGAACUGGAGUGACAAAAAAUGGAAAGACAAAGAAUUGACUCGGUUGUUUCAAAUAAAUUCAAUGUUUCGGACCUUAAUACACGGUUUUUUCCCUACUUUUCACGCGCUUAUAACAUGGUUCGAGUGAUCGUGGGUAAAUAUAGUAUAGAAAUCAGAGAUCUGAAGGCCGGGUCUGUAAGGUUAACAAAAAUUACUUCGAGUUAGUGGGAGGUUCGAGUUAUCGAGAGGUCGAGUUACCGAGGGUACAAUUACAGUAAAUGUAUGAAGGAAAUCCAGGGGAAAUCGACUUUGGUUCGAGUAAGCUCGAGGUUCGAGUUAGCGAGGGUUCGAGUUGUCGGAAGUCAACUGUAUAUCUCAUAGGGGGAUACGUUCGACUCCUCCUCCACAUAAGUUGUCUCCUGAAUUGUCUCUAAAAAGGCUCAUAAAGGCUCCAUAUUACGUCAAAGGUUAUACGUGAAACGAUCUGCAUUAGAACCAUCUGACCAUGCAUGGAACGCAAUGACCGGAUCCGGAGGGGGACGGACACCCUUUCGAUGGGUAUUUUGCCGUCUUUGAGUAGCUUUUGCAAUUUCGGGCUCCUUCGCUGUGUUUACGAUUACAUUUAAAAAUGACAACAGACAUGGAUGAGUUCAAUUGAAUCUUUCUCAGCGAUGAUUCAGGUGACGAUUAGUCUUAUUCUUUCACCGGACAUUCAUGCAACAAAUUAUUGCAACAUGUUCGUGAAGAUUUUAUGAGUUUCCAUUGUCUACCAGACGGCUAAGUGAAGAUAAAACAAGCAUCUAAAAACAAUUCAGUAAGUUCAAGGAAAAUGAGUUUAAAAAGUUUUGAACAGCCUAACUAACUAGAAAAAUGGGUACAUUUUUGAAGUUGGCGCGACUGCAGUUUCUUUCCUAGGUUUUUUGGGGGGGAUGGGGGGGGUGGGGUGGGACAGGCGCAGAGCUCGUUUUUUUACUGACCAUCAUCCCUCCCCCCAUUCUUCUUCGCUAGACACUGUAACACGAGCUCACACAAUUCUAGUACAACAACUCCACACCUCUUCAUGGUACUUUUUAAGUUAUGACUGGAUGAGGUCGCACUAGAGAAAGUUUUUUAUGUUAAACUCAAGUUUACCAUAGCAAACGGCACCGUAAGUGCAUUCAGUUUAUAUAAAAUGUCAGCAAGUCCACAGCAACAAAACCAAUGAGUGGUGCCGGAUCUCCCAGUUGUAGACCUACGUAGAUCAGUACAACUAGACUUGUAGAAAAAUAUGAAACGGCAAACUGAUCCUUACUGCAAGGCGAUGACGAAGAAGCAAACAAAAGAAUAAAACAAAAAAUAUAUAUAUUUAAACAAAUUGCCCAAUAUUUCGAUUUGUAAACAAACCUUCUUCAGAGGCUAAUAGAAAAAUGAAAAUAAAGCUAAAAGUCCAUUUCAAAUAAGAAUUUGAAAAUGUGACAAUAAAAGCAAUGGAUUGUUAUUGGUUUUGGAGACUAGGGGGUAUCAUAUAUCAGUGAGCUUCGUCACGCCUAUUUAUUCCUAGAGGAGAUGAUGUGUUCCCUUUCUCACGGAAUUAUAAUGACGUCGUUGAUUGAAUGUCCAGCUUGAUUAAAAUGUAAGGAGACAGGAGUGGGAUCAGUGAGUUGUUGGUGGUUCAAGGUGGAUCGGCGGUGUUUUCCAAAUCGUUCAUUUAGAAAAUAGAUAGGCGUGACGAAGAAUAAGGUCUCAACGCACGUGAGGCCUUAAAGUAGAUUAGUCUCAAGCACGUGUUUCGUAUAUGAUAUCAUUCAAAAGAGAUUUGACUGACACUAAUCUAGAUAAUAGAAAUUUCACUCAUUCCACGUUAAGUAGGUAAAUUACUAUGUUGUAGUGUGCGUAACAAUUUGUGAGGACUAAAAUGGUUUUCUCAUAAUCAUUUUGCUGAAAAAUACUUGAGAUACGACCGAAUAAAUAGAAACAGCUCCUAUUGAUAACGUGUGCUCCUUUAGACACCAACUUCGAGGGAAUCGAGGUCAAAGGUAUCCAAAACAUGCAAUUUUGGUAUUUCCGCAGAGAGGGUGUGAAAAGAACGGGUAGAUUUUGGCUUGUCAGUUAUGGAACCUUAUCUAUCCAAUGUCUAGGAAAGGACUUAAGACGGUAAGUCCUACAUAAACAUUGCUCACUGCAGAUCAGUUUUGUUGCCCGGGGGAGCAAUCAAGGGAAGUUUGGGUAGAGCUGUGUCGCCGAGGCCUUCAAACCCAGACCCUGUUUAAGACAAAAAUGGCUCAUUUCACUACCCUGUUUACCCGGGUGGUGGUGGUGGGUGGGGGGUACUUCCAUAUAUGGGCUAUAUAGGUAUGUGCCUUAAUUGGUUGAAGAUUUUAGUCUAGACUAAGGAAACCCGGAAUUACCACUCAAAAAUAUGAAAAAAUCAAAUCGGCAAAUUUAUAUUUAUACAACACUGCCUAAAAGCUACUCUAGGGUAGGGGAAUAUUUAGGGAGUUUAGUCUAGUAUAGGGUAGCAAAAUUUAGCUGAACUAGCUCUGGCAUAGGCUAAGGGUUCCAGGGUCCCAGCGGCACACCACCACCUAAAAAUUCCUAAAGUACCCCCCACCCCCCGCUUCCCGGGCCUGUUUAAGACAGGAGACACUACUUUCUGAUCCUGAUUUGUUUUGUUUUGUUUUGUAUACAGAAUUAAGUAAUUUUCACACUAAAAUCGUGGAAGUAAAUGUAUAUUUAGGAAAAAAUUAUCGGUAUUGCAAACGUAGACCGCUCAUCGCAAGUCUUCACACUCUUUUUAAGGCUUCCAGUCCAAAAAGACACCCUGUUCAGGACGCUUAAUAGUGAAAUUGCAUACCCUGUUUAAGACUCAAGACCUUGAAAACCAUACCCUGUUCAGCGGCACAUACCCCGCAUAGGCCAAAUAAGGGAGUCUACCCCUCGGGUUUUGCUGCUUGGUGUCCACUAUUUUUAUGAAAAUUCCGUUACCGUUCUGAAGGAAGAUCACAAUUGGCCUAGAAAUAAAUAUCGCAAAUGAUUUGCAUUGGGUAAUGCAUCAGUCAAAUCCAACUGCUUGAAUUGGCCGUUUUUUGUUUUUUUUUUUUUGUUUUUUAUUGCAUUAAAUUUCUAUUGAUCUAGGAUUUGAAUAAAAUUUAGGGAUAAUGAUUUUAAUACUUUUACGAUCAUGUAUGAUCAAUCUAUUAUUUGAAGAAUCACCUUUCCUAUUAUUAAACUUUUCAGAACAGAUAGCUUUAUAUUAUUAAUUUUAAUUUUAUGGUGCUUUUUUGGCCUACAAACUAUUUAUAACAAGAUAGAUACAAUGAUAAAAUAAGAAUCAUGAAUGGUUUUGUCGCGGCUUAGUAAGAAUAGCGCUAACGUUAAGUGAAACGAAACAUUUAAAACGCUUAAAGUGACGCUAUUAGACUGUGCCAAUGAAAACUGCCACAGUUUGGAUUGACGACGGUUCCCCACUAACUUUGGGGUAUUUGGCAAGCUCAAGUGUCCCAGCCCUCGGGAAUUUACCAUCUAAGGCCAAAAAAAUGCAAAUGCCCGGGAGUUAACCCGGGCGGGCGGGGUGGGGCUGGGCGCAGUUGGUUUUGACUGAUGCGUAAAUUAAAAUAUUGCCUUAAGUUUGUUCUUUUCGAUACGCGAUGCAUUAUAUUAUAUUUUUAAAACAGGGGAUAAACGUCAGGUUUAUUUCAGGAAGGCUGUCACACAUUAGCCUAAGUACAGAAUCCCCUCUUCUCAGGCCCCCCUUCUCUGAGGGAAGGGGGGCCUGUAGACAGGCUAUAUCAAGCAAUUCCUCUAUUAAAAUCAAAGAUACAACUCAAGUCUUGAUGACGAGUAGUGAAGAUUUUGUAAUAAGUAACGCUGCCCACGUGCUCCCUCAGAACGACAUUUCUCUGUCAAGUGUGAGAAGGGAAUUUCAGCUGACUUUCUUGUAUAGUUUUAAAAUACUUAAGUUUCCCAAAUAGCAUUUCUAGGUAAUUUAGGAAUAUAAGAUGAAUAUGAGACGGGCAUUUAAAUAUUUCAAAAGUAACGGAGGUUUCACAAAAUCGGAAGUUGAUUUUGUAUGAAGUCAAAGGACAAUAGUUUUGGGAAUUUCGGGUAAGAUCAAAGAUUGUUCAAAAAUUACCGUAAAUGAUCUAAUAAACACCCCCUCUCUAAUGAACGCCUCCUAUCUUAUUAACGCCUCCCUAAUCUGACAAGUUUGUAUUAAGCGCCCCUCUCUAACAAAUGCCCCCCCUUCCGUGAAAACCACACAUAAACUGGAAACAGAUGUACAAUACAAUGUAGAUAUGUAGAAUGGGUGUUGACCGCCUGGGCACGGCUCCCCACUGAGGCAAUUACAAAGUCAUUUAAGUCCUUCGCAUUAAAUCUAGCCGUUGAUGGCUCUCAAGAUUCAGAGAUCCAUUGUUUCAAGAAAGGCUCGCCAUGCGAAGUAGGAGCAGAGCAGUUGAAGGCACAACUUUCCGUGCUUGAUGAGCCGACUCUUCCAGACCCAUUUCAAGCAAUAACUAACUCAGACAUAGAAGAGGCCGGCGAUGAAAAUACCAUGGUGCUCGACGAGGACUCGGAUGUUGACAUCGGAUGUUGA